CCUGGAUGUGACGACUCACCCAGCUUCACUGUCAAUAAACAUCUCUCAUAUGAUGGAGUGAGAAAAUCUCUCUCAGAUCUGAAAAAACGAGUGAAGCAAAUUUGUGAGGAGAAAUUCAGCAAAAUCAGAGCACAAGCUGCAGCAGUUCAGAUGAGCUUAUCUUCAGAACCAAAGAGCAGAGAAGAUUUUCUGCAGUAUUUUUGUUAUCUGACUCUGGAUCCAAACACAGCACAUCAUCAACUCAUUCUGUCUGAGAAGAACAGAGUGGUGACAUGCAGUGAGACACAACAGCGAUACUCUGAUCAUCCAGAGAGAUUUGACUCCUUGUCUCAGGUGUUGUGUAAGGAGAGUGUGUGUGGACGCUGUUACUGGGAGGUGGAGAGGAGCGGUUAUGUGGACAUAUCAGUGUCAUAUAAAGAGAUCAGCAGGAAAGGACAGGAUAUUGAGUUUUUGUUUGGACACAACAGUCAGUCCUGGAGUCUGUGGUGUUCUUCUUCCCCUGUCUCUUUCUGGCACAACAACAUUAAGACUGAGCUCCAAUGUCCGUCAUCCUCCAGAAUAGGAGUGUAUGUGGAUCACAGUGCAGGAACUCUGUCCUUCUACAGCGUCUCUGACACCAUGAGGCUCCUCCACAGAGUCCACACCACAUUCACUCAGCCUCUAUACGCUGGAGUCUUGAUGUGGCGUUAUAACUCAUCUGUGAGGUUUUGUGAUCCAAAAUAAAAUGUUAGUAAAAG